AUGCUGCCAUUUCUCCUCUUCUUUUUGUUCCCUGCACAUUCUGCAGCAGAACUCUGUCACCCAAAUGACAAAGCUGCACUUCUAGCAUUUAAACACAGCUUCUCAAAUCCAAAUCCAAUCCCUUCAUGGGAUCCUAAUUUUGAUUGCUGUAGUUAUUAUGGUGUGAAUUGUGAUGAGACCACAAAUUAUGUCAUUGGCCUUGAAAUGAUAUCUGAUUAUCUAACAGGCACAAUCCCAACUGCACUAGCCAAUCUCACACACCUACAAAUACUCCGGCUUCAAAAGAUGCCGAAUCUAGUUGGUGAAAUUCCUUCUGCAAUUGGAGAAUUGACAAAUUUGAGAUUCCUAGAAAUAAGUUGGACAAAUAUCUCAGGACCAGUACCCCAUUUUCUGGUAAAACUCAAGAAUCUUGCAUUUCUUGAACUUCAGUUUAACCGUUUAUCGGGUUCCAUUCCACCUUUGCUUGCUACUCUGCCAUAUCUUCGCGUAAUAGACCUCAGUCGAAACCAACUUACCGGGCCGAUACCUGAAUCUUUUGGUUACCUCCCCAAGACAGCUGAAUUCCCAGCGCUCGACUUAUCUCAUAACAAGCUGUCAGGUGACAUUCCAGCAUCUUUAGCAAACUUAAACUUUUCCUCAGUCGAAAUUUCAAGAAACAAUUUAUCUGGAGAUGCAUCUGUGUUUUUUGGUAAGGGAAAGAUCACUACUGUGAUCUCCAUUUCAAGGAACAAUUUCGAGUUUGAUUUCGCAAAGGUGAGUUUCAUGGAGUCAUUGGUCAUUCUGGAUAUAUCUCACAACAAAAUUUAUGGGAGCAUUCCACCACAAAUAAUCGAGGAUACAUUGUUGCAGAGGCUAAAUCUCACUUAUAACAGAUUGUGUGGUAAAGUACCCACUGGUUGGAAGUUGAAGUUUAACCCCGAGGGUUGGGACUACACAUCCUUCUUUCAUAACCGAUGCUUGUGUGGGAUUCCAUUAGAUCCAUGUAAAUGA